AAAUAUUUACAUUAGUUCAGACGGGGUGAAAUGACAGUAUAAUUUGUGGUUGUGUGCGAGAGAAAGAAAAAUUGCUUGUCAGUGUUCAUAAGAUUAGUGGAAAUGUCUGGCUUCAAGUACGUGACAAAUCCCAAUAGUUUAUUCGUCGAGGACGACGUGGACGAUGAGACAUUCCUGAGGAACUCCCGGACCAAUUACAGCACUGAGGGGGCCACAAGUGCACCCAAGUACAACACGAACCCCUUCCUACAAGAUGAUGAUUAUGAGCAACAGAGGCAGAUGUAUGAGGAACGAAGGAGGGAGAUUGAGGACAGGACGUUGCUGUCGUCAGAACGUAGUCUUGGCCUGCUUUAUGAGACAGAGCAAGUGGGAAUGGCUACGGCUGAAGAGCUGUCGAGGCAGCGUGAACAGCUGGAGAAUACAAGUAAGCAACUGGAUGAUAUAAAUUCUACGUUGCGCUUCAGCCAGAGACACCUGACUGGACUCAAGAGUGUCUUUGGGGGAUUGAAGAACUAUCUGACCAGGCAGAAGGAAUUUACUCCGCGAAUGAGCGCCUCACCCAGUGGCAGCAAUAUACCCGAGACUGCUUCAUAUCAGGAACAACCAAAGUCCCAAAUGAGUCCAGAGGAGCGCUAUGAAAAUCACCCUGUAAGUCGUCUCAGGAGUGAUGCUCCUUCGUAUGCCCAGCAGCAGACAAUUCCUGGUCCGGCUGCUUUCAAUGCGCGCCUAGAACAAAAUCUCGACAGUAUGGUGGGCAGUUUGUCACGUCUCAAGGGUCUGGCCAUUGACCUCAAUCAGGAAAUUGACUCCCAGAAUGACCUCAUUGACAACAUCACAAACAAAGUGGAGGACACGGACAUGAAGAUUGGGAAACAGAAUCGUGAUAUGUACAAAUUGCUAGGAAAGAAGUAAUUUUGUGCAAUCAGAAGGAUAAUGCGAGAUACUCCACCAAAGCAACUGAUCGAAUCUGAUUUUCCUCUCUAUCUUCUGGUGACUCUGUAUUUUUUUCUUUUCUAAAAUACCUAUACGCCCCCUUUAUUCCCGUCUAUUGUGAAAUAAAUAUAAAUUUAGUUAAAUUUUCCAAUGUA